UAUAAUCAAAUUCCAUAUAUGUUUUAUGAAGUAAAUAAAUCAUUGGUACCAAAUACUAACAGAAAUGGUAUCAAAAGGAAAAAACAGAUCAUUCGUAUCUAUUAACAUCUAUGGAAAAACCUUUUAUAAAAUAUUAUAAAUGCAAACUAGGAGCUUAUUAAAAAUAAUAGACCAGUGGAAGAGAUUAACCCCUCUAGAAAAAGAAAAAUAGAUCCAGUUGAAAACAAAUAAAUGUAUGGUGAUAUCUAAAGCCACGAAGGAAGACAUAUUAAGACGAGUUAUGUGGGAAUAACUAGACAGUAACAGGGCCAGGAAUAAAGCUUAAAUAAUUUUAUAAACCAUGCAAGUAAAUGAGUACGAAUAGCAAUGGUUCCGUAUAUUCAAUUCUAGUUUAAAAAAAAAUACCAGAAGAAAAUGCACAAAUGAAUCACUGUAUAAAUGGGAGCAUGGAAAACUUUCUCACUAUGUCUCAAAUCCUGAAACAAUGAAGGAAGAUACUAAUAUAUUUGACUACAUAGAGUUUUUAAACUAAUCUGCAUAGUAAUAUUAAGCAUAAGUUACAUUAAGUGUAGUAAAACUGAAUAUAAGUAAACCUAAGUACAAAGUAAGUAUGAAGCAAAAUUAAGGGAGGAGCAGAGCAAGAUGGCAGAAUAGAAGGCUCUGCUAAUCAUUCUCCCUGCAAGGACACCAAUUUAACAACCAACUACACAAAAAAAGCACUGUUAUAAGAACUAAAAAUAAAAUGUAAACUCACAGUACCUGGUUUUAACUUCAUAUUGCUGAAGGAGGCAUUGAAGAGGUAGGAAAAACAGUCUUGAAUCACAAACACCAUCCCUGCCCCAUUGCCAGGCAGCUGUGGCAUGGUGCAGAGGGUGAUUCUGUGCACUGCAGAGAAGCACAGUGCAACUGCUGUGAGGCACUGAACUCAGUGCUGCCCUGUCAUAGCAGAAAACAAAAUGGGACAAACCUCAGCUGCAGCCCACCAAUGGAAGGGGCAUAUAAACCAGCUCUAGCCAGAGGGAAAUCACAAAUCCCAGCAGUCCAAACCUGCAGACCUCACUGUCACAGGCUGAAGUGCUCCAGGGCCCUAAACACACUUGAAAGGCAGUCUAGGCUGCAGGCAAGUUCUGGCUGAACUUGGGCCAUAGCCAGGGGACUGUGGGAGCACAUGACCUGCUGAGACACCAGCUGGAGCAAUCAAGGAAGUGCUGGCAUUACCUCUUCCCUACACGCAGGCUGCAGAGUUUGUAGUUCUAAAAGAGAACACUUACUUCCACCUCAGGAAAGGAGAGGGAAGAGUAGGAGGACUUUAUCUUGCACCUUGGAUACCAACUCAGCCACAGCAGAAUAGGGUACUAGUCAGAGUUGUGAGGUCCCUUUUCAAAGCCCUGGCCCCUGGACAACAUUUCUAGACACAUGUGGGCUCAGAAGGGAACCCACUACCUUGAAGGGAAGAACACAGCCCUUCCAGCAGUCAUCACCUGCUGACUGAAGAGCCCUUGGGCCCUGAAUAAGGAGCAGUGAUACCAAGGCAGUAUGUCAUGGUGGGACUCUGAGAUGUUCUGGCUUUAGGUGAGACUCAGCAUAUUACCAUCUGUGUGGCUAUAGGGCAAGAUUCUUCCUGCUUGAGAAAAGCAGAGGGAAAAGUAAAGGGGACUUUAUUUUGCACCUUAGGUACCAGCUUGGCCACAGAGGAAUAGAACAGCAAGCAGUCUCUUGAGGUCCUCAGUUCAAGAACUUGGCUUUUGGAUGGUGAUAUGACUUGGAUCUGUGUCCUUAUCCUAAUUUCAUGUUCAGCUGUAAUCACUAAAGUUGGAGUGGGGCCUGCUGAGAGGAGACUAGAUCAUGAGGGUGGUUUCUCAUGAAUAAUUUAGCACCAUCCCCCCUUGAUACUAUGAUCACAAUAGUGAGUGAGUUCUCAUGAGAUCUGGUGCUUUAAAAGCAUGUAGUACCUCCCCCAUCUCUCUCUUGCUGCUCUGGCCAUGUGACAUGCCUGCUCCCCCUUCAUCUUCCACCAUGACUGUUUCCUGAGGCCUCCCCAGAAGCUGAGCAGAUGUCAGCAUCAUGCUUCUUCUACAGCCUGUGGACCCCUGAGCCAAUUGAACUUCUUUUUAUUAUACAUUAAUUAGUUUCAAAUACAGAAAAUUGGUACUGAGGAGUGGGGCAUUGCUAUAAAGAUACCUGAAAAUGUGAAGUGACUUUGAAACUGGGAAGCAGGCAGAAGUUGGAAGAGUUUGUAGGGUUCAGAAGAAGACAGGAAGAUAAUGGAAAGUUUGGUUAAAUGGUUGUGACCAAAAUGCUGAUAGUGAUAGGGACAUGAAAGUUCAGAUGUCAAGGUUUCAGAUGGAAAUGAGUAGCUAACUAAGAAAUGGAGCAAAGGUCACUUUUGUUAUGUCUUAGCAAAGAACUUGGCCGCUGUAUGUAUCUGCCUUGGAAAUUUGUGGAGCUUUGAACUUGAGAAUGAUGAUUUAGGGUAUCUGGUGGGAGAAAUUUCUGAUCAACAAAGCAUUCAAGAAGUAAAGUGGUUGCUUCCAAAAACUUCUGCUCAUAUAUAUGAGCAAAGAAAUGAUCUGAAGUUGGAACUUACAUCUAAAGGGGACACAGAGCAUAAGAGCUUGGAAAAUUUGCAGCCCAGUCAUGUGGUAGAAAAGAAAAGCCCAAAAAUGGGCUAGCCAUAUGCAGAAAACAGAAACUGGACCCCUCUUUACACCUUAUAGAAAAAUUAACUCAAGAUGGAUUAAAGACUUAAAUGUAAAACCCAAAACCAUAAAAACCCUAGAAGAAAACCUAGGCAAUACCAUUUAGGACAUGGGCAUGGGCAAAGACUUCAUGACUAAAAUACCAAAAGCAAUUGCAACAAAAGCCCAAAUUGACAAACCAGAUCUAAUUAAAUUAAACAGCUUCUGCACAGCAAAAGAAACUAUAAUUAGUGAAUAGGAAGCUUACAGAAUGGGAGAAAAUUUUGGCAAUCUAUCCAUCUGACAAAGAUCUUAUAUCCGGAAUUUACAAGUCAAAAAGUGGGCAAAGGAUGCCAGGAGUGGUGGCUCACACCUAUAAUCCCAGCACUUUGGGAGGCCAAGGUGGGUGGAUCACGAGAUCAAGAGAUCAAGAACAUCCUGGUCAACAUGGUGAAACCCCAUCUCUACUAAAAAUACAAAAAUUAGCUGGGCAUGAUGGCACGUGCCUGUAGUCCCAGUUACUCGGGAGGCUGAGGCAGGAGAAUUGCCUGAAUCCAGGAGGCGGAGGUUGCGGUGAGCCGAGAUCGUGCCAUUGCACUCCAGUCUGGGUAACAAGAGCGAAACUCCGUCUGAAAAAAAAACAGUGGGCAAAGGAUGUAAACAGACACUUUUCAAAAGAAGAGAUUUAUGUGGUCAGCAAACAUAUGAAAAAUAGCUCAAUAUCACUGAUCAUCAGAGAAAUGCAAAUCAAAACCAUAGUGAGAUACCAUCUCAUGCCAGUCAGAAUGGCAAUCAUUAAAAAGUCAGGAAACAAUGGAUGCUGGUGAGACUGUAGAGAAAUAGGAAUGCUUUUACACAGUUGGUGGGAAUAUAAAUUAGUUCAAUCAUUGUGGAAGACAAUAUGGUGAUUCCUCAAGGAUCUAGAACCAUGAAUACUGUUUGACCCAGCAAUCCCAUUACUGGGUAUAUACCCAAAGGAAUAUCAAUCAUUCUCCUAUAAAGACAUAUGCACAUGUAUGUUUAUUGCAGCACUAUUUCCAAUAGCAAAGACAUGGAUCAAACCCAAAUGCCAUCAAUGAUAGACUGGAUAAAGAAAAUGUGGUACAUAUACAUUAUAGAAUACUAUGCUGCCAUAAAAAGGAAUGAGGCCAAGCACAGUGGCUCAUACCUGUAAUCCCAGCACUUUGGGAGACUGAGGCAGAUGGAUCAGGAGGUCAGGAAUUUGAGACCAGCCUGGCCAAUAUGGUGAAACCCUGUCCCUACUAAAAAUGUAAAAAUUAGCUGGGCAUGGUGGUGUGUGCCUGUACUCCCAGCUACCCAGGAGGCUGAGGCAGAAGAAUCACUUGAACCCAGGAGGCAGAGGUUGCAAUGAGCCAAGAUUGUGCCACUGCACUCCAGCUUGGGUCACAGAGCAAGACUCCAUCCCCCCCAAAAAAGUAAAGGAAUGAGAUCAUGUCCUUUGUGGGGACAUGGAUGAAGCUGGAAGCCAUCAUCCUCAGCAAACUGACACAGGAACAGAAAACCAAACACUGCUUCUUCUCACUCUUAAGUGGGAGUUGAACAAUGAGAAGACAUGGACACAGAGACGGGAACAACACACACCAGGGCCUGUGGGGUGUGGGGAGGGAACUUAGAAGACAGGUUAAUAGGUGCAGCAAACCACCAUGUCACACGUAUACCUAUGUAACCUGCACAUUCUGCAAAUAUAUCCCUUUUUUUUGUAGAAGAAGAAAUUAAGAAAGAAAAGCCCAUUUUCAGGGGAGGAAUUCAGCAGGCUGUAGUAAUUUGCGUAAGUAAAAAGAAGUCAAGUGCUGAUAGCUAAGACAAUAGGUAAAAGACCUCAAAGGUAUUUCAGAGACCUUGGCAAGAGCCCCUGCCAUCACAGGCCUAAAGGCCCAGGAGGGAAAAAUGGUUUCAUGGACCAUGACCAGGGCUCACCCUGCACAGCCUUGGGACACAACUUCCUGCAUCUCAGCCAUGCCAGCUCCAGCUUUGCUUCAAAAAGGCCCAGGCACAGUUCAGGCCACUGCUUCAGAAGGUGCAAGCUAUAGGCCUUGGUGGCUUCCACAUGGUGUUAAGCCUGUGGGUGCACAGAGUACAAGAGCUGAGGCUUGGGAGCCUCCACCUAGAUUUCAGAUGAUGUAUGGGAAAGCCUGGGUAUUCAGGUAGAAGCCUGCUGCAGGAGCAGAUCCCUCAUGGGGAACCUCUACUAUGGAGGGGAAAUGUGUAGCCCCCACACAGAGUCUCCACUGGGGCACUGUCUAGUGGAGCUGUAAGAAGGGGGCCACCAUUCUGUUAACCCAGGAAUAGUGGAUCCACUGGCAGCUUGUUCCCUGUGUCUGGAAAAGCUACAGGCAAUCAUCACCAGUUCGUGAGAUCAGCCACUGGGGAUGAAUCCUGCAAAGUCACAGGAGUGGAGCUGCUCUAGGUGGCCUUCUAAGGUUUUUGACAUUAGUCCCUGCCUCCCAGAUGGUACCUCUGGACACGUUCCUGGCCUGGGGUAGCUUACCAUGCUGAAGAAACAAACAUGGGCUUGGCUGGCUUUGCCACAUGCUGAGUGUGGAGCCCCAGAGCUUUGAGCAAACAAAGGCUGUAGCGAGAAAGGGGUUACAGCAGGCCGUGGGUGAGACCCAGCUCUAUGCUUGCUUUGGGACUGACCCAGCACAGCUCUAGAAGGGGUGGACUUAGGGGUACUUGUGUCACUCCACUGCCAGCUCCAGGUGGCUCGGAACAGAAAGAGAGACUGUUUAGAAGAAAGUAAGAAAAGAAAACAAGAGUCUUUGCCUUGUAAAUCAGAGAAUUCUUCCAGAUCUUGUGCAAGACCAUCAAGGCAGUACCUCCAUGAGUCUGCAAGAACCACAGCAUUAGAGGACUUAGGGUGCCCCCUAAAACAGAUACAACUUCGCUCACAACACCCAAGUCCUUUUGAAUAUCUGAAAAGCCUUCCCAAGAAGAAUGGUAACAAGCCCAGACUAUGAAGACUAUAAUAAAUAACUACUGAUUUAAUGCCUAGGCACAGACAGACAUUUGCAAGUAUGAAGAUCAUCCAGGAAAACAUGACCUCACCAAAUGAGCUAAAUAAGGCAACAGAGAUCAGUCCUGAAGAAACAGAGAUAUGUGACCUUUCAGACAGAGAAUUCAAAACAGCUGUGUUGAAGGAACUCAAAGAAAUUCACGAUAACACAGAGAAGGAAUUUAGAAUUCUAUCAGAUAAAUGUAAUGAAGAGGCUGGAAUAAUUUUUAAAAAUCAAGCAGAAAUCCUGGAGGUGAAAAAUGCAACUGGCAUACUAAAACUUGCAUUAGAGUUUGUUAAUAGCAGAAUUGAUCAAGCAGAAGAAUUAGCAUAAAGAAAGACUAUUUGAAAAUACGCAGACAGAGGAGACUAAAGAGAAAAAGAAUAAAAAAGAAUGAGGCACACCUACAAGAUAGCCUCAAAAGGACCAAUCUGGGAAUUGUUGGCAAUUAAGAGGAGGUAGAGAAAGAGAAACAACACAGAACUCUCCAAACCUAGAGAAACAUACCAUAUUCACUAAAGGUGGUUAUAUAUUAGAACAUCAAGCAGACUUAACACAAAGAAGACAACCGCAAGGUGUUUAAUAAUCAAACCCCAAAGGUCCUCAACAAAGCUGAAGGACCCUCAAAGAAGCAAGAGGAAGGAAACAACACACCAUGGAGCUUUAAUACGUCUGGCAGCAGACUUUUUAGUGGAAACCGUACAAGCCAGAAGAGAAUGGCAUAAUAUAUUUAAAGUGCUGAAGAAAAAAACAAAAAUCCCCAAAAAACCCUUUACCCUAAAGUAGUAUAUCUGGCAAAAAUAUAUGAAGAAUGUUUGGGAGUGAGAAAUAUAGACUUUCCCAAACAAAAGCUGAGAGAUUUAAUCAACACCAAGGCUGUCCUCCAAGAAAUGCUGAAGGGAUUACUUCAAUCAGAAAGAAAAGAAUGUGGCCAGGCUCAGUGACUCACAGCUGUAAUCCUUGCACUUUGGAAGGCCAAGGUGGGUGGAUCACCUGACAUCAGAAGUUGAAGACCAGCCUGGCCAACAUGGUGAAACCCUAUCUCUACUAAAAAUACAAAAAUUAGCUGGGUGUGGUGGUGGGAACCUGUAAUCUCAGCUACUUGGGAGGCUGAGGCAGGAGAAUUGCUUGAACCCACAAGGCUGAGGUUGCAGUGAGUGGAGAUGGGGCCACUGCAUACCAGCCUGGCGACAGAGCAAGACUCCAUCUAAAAAAAAAAAAAAGAUGUUGGUUUGCCCCAAUUUGAAUUAUAGAUUCAAAACAAUCCCAUUAAAACUCUUUAAAAGUUAUGUAGUCAAUAAUGAAACAUUAACCCUAAAAGUUAUAUGGAAAGACAAUCCAGAACGGUUAACAAAACAAUGAAGAGUAAAUUUCUAGUGGUCAUAUUACAUGAUUUUAAGAUUUAUUAUAAAGUUGUAGUAAUCAAGAUGGUGUGGUAUCUGGAAAAGAAUAGACAAAUAGAUCAAUAGAACAGAAUAGAAAAUUCAGAAAUAAACCCACAAAACGCAGUCAACUGAUCUUUGACAAAGGAGUAGAGGAAAUUUAAUUCAAAAAGUAGUUUUUUCAACAAAUACUGCUUGUCACUUAGACAUCUAUAUGCAGAGAAAUAAAUGAGACAAAGACCUUGCCUUUUUCACAAAGUUAGUUCAAAAUGAAUAGAAAACGUAAAUGUUCAGUGGGUAAAUAGUGUCCAAAAAAAGAGAAAAAAAUAAAAACCCUGAAUGUGAAAUGCAAAAUUUGAAACUUCUAGAAGAUAAGACAACAGAAACUCUAGGAUACCUUGGGUUUGACAAUAAGGUUUCAGAUGCAACACCAAAAGCAUGAUUCAUGAAUGACAAAAUUGAUGAAUUGGACUUUAGUCUUGUUUUGCAAAAGAUACUGUUAAGACAAGCAAAAGACAAGCUGCUGAAUGAAACUAACAAUUGCAAAAGACAUUGUUGAUAAAGAACUGUUAGUGAAAAUAAAAAAGAAGUCUUAACAACCCAGAUGCCAGUCACAAGCCCUGGGGGACCACAUAUGCUUCUGAGCUGUUGCCUAUGAACUGGCCCUGUUAAAACUCUACGGAUAACUUUAAGACACACUCAGAUAUUUUGCUAAGUUGCAGCAGAAGAAAAUGUCUUUAUCAGCAGACCUAUCUUUAUGUCACUUGCUUCCAGAAUAAGAGGUUAUUUCAGGCAUAGUGUUUUAGUCUGUGUUAAAAAUCAUAAGCAGCCUAAAAAUACCCAAAAAUGAAAAGAAUUUGCAGAUAUAUGGAAUACAUUAUAUGUUUUCAAAGUCUCCUAUGAUGAAAAAUAAAUAUGUUGUUUGGCUUUGAUUUCCUAAAUUCAUUCCCCAGCUAUUUUCUUAAGUAUUCCAUAUCCUUCCAAGAUGCUUCUGCAGUUUCUUGAGGGGUUAUGCCAGUGAUAAACAGUAAUAUAUGGGCACAAAUAUCAAAAGGAUUCUGCUUCUACCGCAGAAGUGUUAACUCUCUAGAACCUCGAAUAACCAGGGAAGUUGCAUGAGUAGUGUGGUUGGUCUAUGGAGGUACAUAGGCUUUGGAGUUGGUCAGAGUUGAGUCUGUAUUCCAACACAGCUGCUUAGUAGCUAUGGGGUUUUGGAAGUUUCUUGCCUUGGAACAGUUAUAUAAACCUCAUCUGCAAGAAAAGGCAUAAUGAAACUGAUUGCAAAAAUUCUUCAUUCCUCCCUGCAUACGUGCCCUUUGCAAUGUGCUUUUAUAGCUGCUCCCUUCAGAGGCAAAAUCUGUACUUCAAAAGUUUUAGAUCUGGCUGGUCUUAUUUGCACUGGUCAACAGAAAACGUAAGUGUGCUCGUUUGGGACCUAGGCUCAAAAAUUCUUGAGUGCUUUUGUUUUUCUUUCAGAAUCCUGUUAUCUCUAUAAUAAGCUCACAUUAACCUGCUGGGGGAUGAGAUACCACAUGGAGAAGAAUGAAGGUGCCCCAGUUGACAGGCAACUCACCCCUAGAAACAGUUACAAUCAGCAUCUGACCACACGUCUGAAGGAUCCCAGCUGAGACCAAAAGCAUUGCCCAGCUGAGCUAAACUUAAAAUUGCUGACCAGCUGAAUCAUGAGCUAGUAAAUUUUGGGUGGUUUGUUAGGCAUCACUAACUAAUACAUACACUCAAUACAGACAGGAUGUCAAAAUUCAAUGAGAGACUGAUUACUAGUUAUGUGCAAACAGUAGGCACCCUAUAGGUAUUGAUUUUCUUUUCCCUUUAUUUAAAUUUGGAUCUCGUUAGACGGUGAUGAGUUAUGUAGAGACACAUAUGUCCACAUGUCUGUGUACAUGUGAUUGGUAAACUCACCCAGUCUCCCACACCAUAGGAGGAAAAAUACAACCGAUAGCCUGUUCAUUAGGGCCAAGGCCAAAUACCAGUAUAAGAAGUUUGUUUUAUCUAUUUUUUCUAUAUCUAAACUUUGGAAGUCAAAGCUGUGGACUGACCUAAAGACUUGGUAUUAAGUCCUCCUGGGGCUCCACUGUUCUUUUUUCACUGUCUGAUCUUUGGAAGGAAGAUGGACAGCAGGGGGGCAGCAGUGGUCUACCAGCCCUUGCUCUCUCUCUAGGGCACUGUCCCUUCAGCCUUUGGCCUGGGGAGAGAUGUUGAUAAGGAGGUACCAAUCUUUCACUUCUGGAAGGAAGUGAAGGUUCAGGCCCUUCACCUCCCUCAGAGCUGCGCUCAGUGUGACAACCACUGGCCAUGUGUGGGUACUGAGGGCCUGGAAUGUGGCUGCACUGAGACGUGCUGGAAAGGUUUGACGAAAUACAGAGUGAGUUUCACAGACUGACUACCGAAAAUUAUACAGUUCAUUCAUAUAUUGAUUAUAUAUUUAAAUGAUAAUAUUUUGAAUAUAUUAGGUUAAAUGAUAAUCAGUUUCACUUGUUAUUUUUAAUGUUUUAAAGGUGGCUACUAGGAAACUUAAAAUUCACACGUGGCUUACAUUUUAUUUCUUAAAGGACUGUCUCCUUUAUGAAAUUUCAGGCUGCCUGAUCAAAUGACCAGAGGCCAGAAAGGCCCUAAAACCUGAAUGUUAAAACCCUUCCCACUCUGUUGUUUUCAUUUGCGAAUUACGUAUGUCUAUUAUUUAUGAAUGAAUAUAACCUUAUACAAACGUUAAAGGAAAAUACUCCCUGGGCUGGACGAGACCCAGAGCAACCAGGAAGCCCUCCAUGAAAAGGCUGAAGCCAAGAACCUGUUACUUUGUCGCCGUCAGCCCAGCGUCUGAUCACACCCUCCGUCACUCAGGGCCUGAGGGGGCGGGGACUGGAGUCCUAUCCAAUCAGGGACGCUAACGUGGGAACGGUCCAAUCAGGCGCGCAGCCGGACAGAAGGGCGCGGCUUCCGGGAUGUGGCGGUGCCUUCGUCUCGCCUAGUCCUCGCGCGGGCGUCUGUGCUCCGCGUGCUCUGCUCUAGGACGCCCAGGUGGCCGCCACAGCUCUUGCCCUGUGUCCUGCAGGUAUCAGGAGAUCCAUAGCUAAGAGGCCUGGACAGCCGGGAAGCUGGGAAAUGGUGUGAUUUGUCCAGAUAAUCUCACCUGAGAAGGAAUCCCAGCGAAGAAGGAAGAAGAGGAAGAAAUGGCUGGUUCUCAGGGACUGUUGAUAUUCAGGGAUGUGGCCAUAGAAUUCUCUCCUGAAGAGUGGAGCUAUCUGAACCCCGCUCAGCAGAAUCUGUAUAGGGAUGUGAUGUUAGAAAACUACAGAAACCUGGUCUCCCUGGGUAUUGCUAUCUCUAAGCCAGACCUGAUCACCUGUCUAGAGCAAAGGAAUGAGCCAUGGAGUGUGAAGAAAUGUGAGACAGUAGCCAAACAACCAGCUAUUUCUUCUCAUUUCACCCAAGACCUCUUGCCAGAGCAAGGCAUAAAAGAUUCAUUUCAAAAAGUGAUACUGAGAAGAUAUGGAAGCUGUGGCUUUGAGAAUUUACACUUACAGAAAGAUUGGGACAGUGUGGGUGAAUCUAAGGUGCAGAAAGAAUGUUACAGUGGACUUAACCAGUCUUUAUCAACUACCUAUACCAAAAUCUUUCAGUGUAGUAAACAUGUGAAAGUCUUCAGUAAAUUGUCAAAUCUAAAUACACAUAAGAUAAGACAUACUGGAGAGAUAUCUUCCAACUGUAAAGAAUGUGACAAUUCCUUUUACAUAUCCUCAGUUCUAACUCCACUUCAGAGAAUCCGCACUGCAGAGAAAUUGUACAAAUGUAAAGAAUGUGGGAAAGCCUUUAGGCACUGCUCAUGCUUUCUUGAACAUAAGACAGCUCAUAAUGAAGAGAAACAUUACAAAUGUAAAGAGUGUGGCAGAGUCUUUAAAUCCUUCUCAAGCCUUUCUAAUCACAUUGUAAUUCAUACUGGACAGAAACUCUAUAAAUGUGAAGAAUGUGGUAAAGCUUUUAACCACAGUUCAAACCAUGCCAAACAUAAGAAAAUUCACACUGGAGACAAACCCCAUAAAUGUGAAGAAUGUGGCAAAGCUUUUAACUGGUUCUCCUACCUAACUCUACAUAAGAGAAUUCAUACUGGAGAGAAACCCUACAAAUGUGAUGAAUGUGGCAAAGCCUUUAACCAGUGUUCAAACCUCACUAAACAUAAGCGGAUUCAUACUGGAGAGAAACCCUACAAAUGUGAAGAAUGUGGCAAAGCUUUUAACCGGUGCUCACACCUUAUUGAACAUAAAAGAAUUCAUACUGGAGAGAAGCCCUAUAAAUGUGAAGAAUGUGGUAAGGUCUUUAUAUCCUGUUCAAGCCUUUCAAACCAUAAGAGAAUUCAUACAAAAGAGAAAUGCUACAAAUCUGAAGAAUGUGACAAAACCUUUAACCACUGUUCACACCUUAAUGUACAUGAGAAAAUUCAUACCUGAGAAAAAUCCUACAAACAUAAAAAAAUGUGGCAAAGCCUUUAAUACCUGCUCAUGUCUUACUCAGGAUCAGAGUUCAUAUUGAACUAAAGCAUUAUAAAUAUAAUGACUGUCAAAACACCUUGUUUUUUUUUUUUUUUUUUUUGAGACGGAGUUUCGCUCUUGUUACCCAGACUGGAGUGCAAUGGCAAGACCUUGGCUCACUUCAACCUCUGCCUCCUGGGUUCAAGCGAUUCUCUGCCUCAGCCUCCCGAGUAGCUGGGACUACAGGCGCGCACCACCAUGUCCAGCUAAUUUUUGUAUUUUUUAGUAGAGACGGGGUUUCACCUUGUUGACCAGGAUGGUCUCGAUCUCUUGACCUCGUGAUCCACCCACCUCGGCCUCCCAAAGUCCUGUUAUUAUAGGCGUGAGCCACCGCGCCCGGCAGUCAAAACACCUUUCACAGAAAAAAGUAAUUUUACCACAAGUUAAUUUGUUCAUUAAUGAACCUUUAAUUCUGUUUUUUUGGUGUACACAAAUCUGCCCUUUUGCCAGUACCAUAUUGUUUAAUUAUUGUAACAUCGUAGUAAGCAUUUUUAUCAAGAGUGUAAACUACUGAAUUUUGUUAUUAUUUUUCAGAAUUCUUGUGAGUUUGAUUUACUUUGCAUGUUUAUAUAGAUUUUAGGAAGAGCUUGUCAAUUUAUAUUAAAAGCUACGUUGGAAUUUGCGUUGAAUUUGUAGAUAAAUUUGUUGGGUAUUUUGAUCUUCAUUUUCAGUAUUGUUAUCUUUGAAUAUUGGAUAUUAUCUCAGUUUAUUCGGCUCUUUGAUUUUUUUCAGCAUUCUAAAAUGUUCGGUGUAUAUUAUGUGCAUUUAUUUUGUUAAAUUUAUAAUUGUUUUCUAUGAUACUAUUAGUGAAAUUUUAAUGUAAUUCUUUUGUUUAUUGCUAUAAUAUAAACAUAUUAUCCAACCUUG